UUACACCGACAGUAAACUUAUUUGUUGAAAAGUUUGGUUUUAAUCUCUUAUAAAGAAAAGCCAAGAUGGUGGUCGGCUUGGUUGAGACGGCUGUUCCGACUGCCAAAUCUACAGUUUCCUCCGCCGUGAAGAAACCUACUUCUCUUUCCUCGGACCCUAUCAUCAAUGUUGCUCGCGGUGAUCCUACGAUUUACGAGCCGUAUUGGAAGAAGAUGGGUGAUAGGUGUAAAGUGGUUAUUGCUGGAGAUGAAUUCAUGAGCUACUUUUGCAAUGCAAUGAACCUGUGUUGGUUUUUGCUUCCGGAGCUCGACAAUGCCAUUCGGACACUGCAUCGUGUCGUUGGGAAUGCCAUGGUCGAUGAUGAUAGGUUCAUCAUUGUCGGGAAUGGCUCGACCCAGCUCUUCCAUGCUUUGCUAUACGCCCUCUCGUCUCCUGAUUUGCCUGACCCUAUUAACGUGGUCGCUGCCGCCCCUUUCUACUCGUCAUAUCCAGAGGAGACGAAGUUCUUGCGAUCGAAGCUGUAUAAAUGGGCAGGCGAUGCAAAUUGCUACGAUAAAGAUGAACCCUACAUCGAGGUGGUCACAUCGCCGAACAACCCCGAUGGGUCGAUUCGAGGAACCGUGGUGAAUCGUGAAGGUGGUAAAGCCAUUCACGACCUAGCCUACUAUUGGCCUCAGUACGCACCCAUUACUAGCAAAGCUGACCAUGAUGUUAUGCUUUUCACCUUCUCUAAAGCCACUGGACAUGCUGGAACUCGCAUUGGCUGGGCUAUUGUUAAAGACAAAGUGAUUGCCGCCAAGAUGGUAAAGUUUAUAGAGGUGAGCAGCAUCGGCGUAUCCAGAGAAGCCCAGCUCCGUGCCGCCAAGAUCCUAGGUGUCAUCGCCGACGACUGCCGGAAUCUCGACCUCAAAGGUGAAAACUUCUUCGAAUACGGCCGCCGCCUCAUGUCGAAACGAUGGGGAAAGCUCCGGGAAUUGGGGAUGAAAAGCAAUGGUGUUUUCAGCCUGCCUAAGUACCCACGAGAUUAUUGCAAAUUCACCGGCGAAUACACUGAUUCAAACCCUGCUUUUGCAUGGUUGAAGAGCAAUGAGGUUUUGAACUGUGAGAAUCUGUUAAGAGAUGAAAGUAAAAUAAUCACAAGGGGCGGGUCGAGUUUUGGUGUUGACUCAACGUACACAAGGGUUAGCAUGCUGAGUCGUGAUGUCGAGUUUGAGCUUCUAUUGGAAAGGUUGGCGGCCAUCAAAGGAACUGUCAAUGGAAAUUAG